AAAAAAAAAAAAAUCUCUUUCUUGUCUACUUUGCCAUUAUAAGUCCAUAACACUGAGCCUGGUAUCACAUAUAAUCAUAUUAGACAACAUCACAUUACAGUGAUGAAGAGGAUGACAAUGAAGAUUAAGCUUAUUCCCUCAUCUCUCUCCCCACCCUUUCCUAACUUGUGUUUCCCUCUCUCCUGUCAGUCCUCUAUACGUGGACACACUACUCAGUGAAUGCGUAGUUUGACAGAAGAUUAAAAAAAAUACGAAAAAGAUUGAACAAACGCAUAAGGUGACAGACAGCAGUUCUCACUCAAGACGUAAAGACUACUUGCAGGAUGUCUGGCUCUACCCAGGAAGAAGAGGAGUUGCCUGCCAUUCACACAGGUCCAAAAGGUGUAAUAAAUGACUGGCGAAGGUUUAAGUUGGACAGUGUUGAUCCAACUGUCCCGCAAAGCAAGAGAGAGCUGCUUAGACAAAUGUCGAGCCCCCGAGAGGAUGACAAGGAGAGACUCAACAGAAAGAUGAGUGUUCAAGAGUACGAAAUGAUCCAAGAAGAUGAUGAACGUUGCCUGAAACGCUACAGAAAACAGUGUAUGCAGGAAAUGCAUGAGCGCCUGAGCUUUGGCCCCACAUUUGAAGAAGUCCACGAGCUUGAGACUGGAGAAGCCUUCCUGGAAGUCAUAGAGAAGGAACAUAGGUUGACCCUGGUGGUUGUCCACAUCUACCAACAUGGUGUCAAAGGGUGUGAACACUUGAACUCAUGUCUGGACUGUCUGGCUUCAGAGUAUCCCAGCGUUAAAUUUUGUCGUAUUGAUGCUGUGGCGACAGGCGCUGCUGAGCGCUUCUCCCCAGAGGUUCUUCCUGCCCUGCUGGUGUACAAGGCUGGUGAGUUACUGGGUAACUUUCUGGCUGUUACCAAACACUUCAAUGAAGACUUCUUCGCAACGGAUGUAGAGGGGUUUCUUAAUGAAUAUGGCCUGUUACCUGAGAAGGAGUUCACAGCAUGUGCUGAUGAUGAGGAUGAGACAGGGGACGUGGAAUAGUAAGACAGCGAAGGAGGAGAAGAUGGUUAUUGAUGGAAGGGGAGAAAACAAUGGAUUGUAGUGGAGGAAGAGUGGGUAAAAGCAGAUGACAGUAAAUGGGCAAAGGAAAGGAGAAAAAAAUAUGUGGAAACUGGAGGAAAACAGUGGGGACAGUGUUUCAGUCAAGACACAUACACACAAGUUAAAUAAGCUUAUAUAUUGCAUGUGCAGAUAAACACAAUAGUAAGCAUCCACCAGCACACAUGAAUGCUGAUUGUAUUUAGAAGCACUUAGGUGUAAACCACAUGGUGUGAGUCUGUGUUGAA